AUUUGCUCACAGAACGUUAAGUUGGCGGCACGCAAUUUAACACUCACGUUAAGUUGUCCGCUUUGCAAGUGACAUUGGAAUUUUGCUUUAUGCCGAUUUCGGUCGCACUGACGCGAAUAAAAAUAAACAAAAAUAAAUGUAAACAAUUUGAGCGAAUUCGAAAACCAAAUUUUAAUGUUUAGCUACACAUUGCCUUGCGGGGGCUUUAGAACCCUAACUAAACUCACAGGGACGGGAAUAAGCUUUGAUCCACCUGUUUACGAGCAGCGCUACUGCGCGGCCAUUCAGAUUUUAGAAGAUGCACGUUGGGUAAAGGAAAUCAAAAAGGUCACCGAAUUCGGUUGCGCGGAGAUGCGAUUCUUCCAGCUGAUGCGACGCAUUGAAACUAUCGAGAACAUUUUGCAGGUGGACAUUGAUCAUGAUACCUUAAAAGCGCAUUUAAGUCGCACAAAUCCAUUGGUUAGUGAUUAUAUGAAGCAAAGGGUAGCACCUUUGAGAGUACAAGUGCUGCUUGGCAGCGUUGCAGAUGCAUCGGAAGAACUCAGGAACACAGACGCGGUCAUAGCAUUAGAACUCAUUGAGCAUGUCUAUGAGGAUGUGCUGGCUAAGAUACCUGUGAAUAUUUUUGGUUUUAUGCAGCCAAAAAUUGUGAUUUUCAGCACUCCCAAUGCUGACUUUAAUACAAUUUUCACGCGCUUUAACCCGUUGCUGCCAAAUGGAUUUCGUCAUCAUGAUCACAAAUUUGAAUGGACUAGGGAGGAGUUCAAGUCUUGGUGCUUAGGCAUAACUGAGAAGUAUACAAAUUAUAUGUUCUCGCUGCUUGGCGUGGGUGAUCCGCCCGAAGGCGAAGAAGCUGUGGGUCACGUUUCCCAAAUAGCCCUGUUUGUUCGCAAGGAUAUCUUGGGUCUGCCCUUGGCAGAGCCACUAGAACGACAACCUACUCCGGAUAGUAUUAUGUCCGCCUAUAAAACAUUACAUGUUGUUGAUUUUCCAUUUUAUAAGGAUAAUCGCACGCCAGAGGAAAAAAUCUGGACCGAAGUUGAAAAUCAGCUAUAUCAAUGUACCAAAGAUGACGAUAAUUAUGAUACUGAGCGAUACGCUUAUAAACUGUCCUUAGAUGAGCUAACGCGCCGUUUGUCAUAUCUGGGCGCAACGCGUGAGCUAUUGGCGAAAUUAUUGGAACAGCAUAAGAAAAUAGUUGAAAAUGAUUUUGUAUUGAUUGAGGAGAAUGAUGGAGAGGAAAGCAGCGAUUGGGCGGAUCCAGUUUAUGAGCAGAACGAAGGGAACGAGGUAAUGCAACCGAACAAAGAGGAUGAAAAUUGGGAUGUGUGAAACCAAUAUAUAUAUAUGUAUGGUAUAUGUAUAGUAAAUAUUAUGUUGAUACAGCUUCUGUGAAGCUCUGUUUGAAAGGGCAAACUAAAUGUGACUUGACAAAAUAUCUGAA